UAUAUAAGUUAUUAUGUUAUUAUAUAUUUAUGUUGCAACGUACGGGCACUCACCUAGUAAUAAAAAAAAGACAAAGGGCAAAGGCCCAUCAAACGUCUCUUAAGUCACCGAAUCUUUGCGAGAGGCGACCUCGCCCAUAUGUCUAACCCUAAAUAACUCCACUCGACCACUCCAGUAAUUCAGCUCCACUCUGCGGCUGUGCCUCCGGCCGGCGACUUUUUAGUCUCAGUUCCCACUCGAUGGUUGAUUCCUAUCAUCCUCACAAUCGCUCCUCCAUCCAGUCCCGCAUCGGGACCUGCACGCGCACGAGCACACGACGGCGGACGGUCGCACCUCCUCCGCUCGGCCGCUCCACAGCUUGGCGCUCCGGCGGGCGCUGGCACCUCCGGCUACGUCCUGCUGCCUGCGCGCGGUAGCCACCUGUUGUACCCGUGCUGGCCUGCUCUCUCUGACCUGAUACUCUGACUCUGCAAUCGGCUUGCUCUCUCCAGGCUUUCUGGAAUCACAUUUCUUGAGAACUAUCUGUUGGAGAGCUAAACUAGGCUCUUGUUCAUAUUAUGGAUCAGCAAGCUAAGAUUGAUGCUGAUUUUCUUGAACCAACUGUACUCUUAGAUGAGACACAUUACCAGGAGGGGUACAGAAAUGGCUAUAAUGAUGGUUUGGCAUCUGGAAAGGAAGAGGGGAGGCAGGUUGGUUUAAAGAUGGGUUUCCAGGUCGGUGAAGAACUGGGUUUCUUUCAGGGCUGUCUGGAUGUGUGGACGUCUGCAAUUCUCAUUGAUCAGAAUGCCUUCACAGCUCGGGUCAGGAAGAAUAUCGAGCAACUGGCUGCACUGGUGGGCAGUUAUCCGCUGUCCGAUCCGGAGAAUGAACAAAUUCAAGACGUGAUGGAGAAGAUAAGGCUGAAAUUCAGGGUCAUCACUGCAAGCUUAGGGGUGAAGUUAGAGUAUGAAGGGCACCCCAAAUCAUCUAAACAGGAUGCUGAGGAUCUGUAGCGGUGAUUGAAAUUACAUUUUAGUUUCUCCGCCCUUGCUGUUUAAAGCUCUUCAACUCAUUGGCAUCAUGAGGAACUGCAGUGAGACAUCAAUGGUCAGAGUCCGACCAUAACCACAUAUAUAGUUUUAACAAUGUCUCAAGUUUUGUGUUAUUACCUGCUGUCUGCUGUCUGCCAUAUGUAAUAGUUUCCUUUCAAAAGGCAAAUGCACUUCCUUCCCAUUUUCUUUGAAGUACUUGUAUCAAACACUCUGCGAUGAGAAUCCUGAAUUUCGUUCUUUUCUGAAGAAUAUAUGUACUCCUUUCUCAUA